AUGCGGGCGAUUCGUGCGGUGGCGCACGCGCUACUGGGCAAUCGGAACGACGUCGAUCGGGGCGAUGAUCCUAGUAGCACGAAAACGACGUCUUUCCGCGUCUACAUCCACCGCCGUAAUAAACUCAUUCACGGUUUGUCAUCAAUUGGCGACAAAUUGUAAUGAUUUCCCGGUUACAGCGUGGCUUCGCAUCACCAGAACGACAAUUACUCUGGAAAAGUCCAAGAAUGACUCAACAAAUUGGCCGCUCCAGUUCUUGCGACGUUAUGGUUAUACGUCUGCUGGUGAGUUGGAGAAAGGAAAAUUAUUCCAAGCCCUAGUCUAUUCCUAAUAUUUCACAACAGCUUUUAAAGGUGCUAAUAAAAGCUUGAAGGGUUCUCGUCUAGGUAGUGAUUUCUCAAAACUAAGACUUUUUUUUAAAAAACUUCACCCAAAAUAUUCAAAAAUGUUUAGAAGCGAAACCAUUCAAUUAGUAUGAUUCAAGGUGGAUUUUUUUUUUCAAUUCUUUCUUCACUUUUGAUGGGAUUAAAGGCGUUGAAAGUAUAAUUUCUAGGUUAAGGGGUUUCACAGCUAGCCCUUUCUCUUCUAUUUUCCACAUAACUUUAUAAAUAAAAAAAAAUCUUCGAAGUGAUUCCUUGCAAUAUUUCCUGGGCUAUGACCAAAAUUUACUGUUAGUCUAAUUCUUACAAUUUUUAAACAGUAUAACUGUAUUUUCUUCCAUUCCCAUCAUUCAAUGUUAUAAAUGAUUGAAGUUAAUCAUUUUUAGGCAUAUUCUUUUUUGAAAGCGGACGACGUUGUCAAUCUGGAGAGGGUCUGCACUGUUUCCAGAGCAAGAAAGCCGACGAGAUUUUUGAAGUUGAAGAAAAACAUUAUUUUGCAAAGCAACAUCAGCAUUCAGUUAGUCCAAGCGUACGUCGAAGAAUACGCCAACGAGUGUCUGGAACUGCAGCGGAAAAGUCAGCCGUCUUCCCGGCGACAGUCUUUCGGCAGCACCUACAAUGGGAAUCACCUUAAUCACCAGAGCUCGACCUCCUCGAUCGCCUCGACUUUUUCUUUGAGAAGUCGUGGCACUUCUACCGUGAGACCCAUGCCGUCCUCCGUCCAGAGGUUCCGCAGUGAAGGUCCGUUUCUUGGCGGCUGAAUUUGUAAAAAAAAAAGACUAGAGGAAGUUUUUCGUGGAGAAACACUUUAUUCCUUGAAGGGCCAGAAGUUUACUGCGUUUUUUUAUAUUUUUUUCCGGGAAUUCUCACAAAGUUUUCAGCCCUAUAUCAAUCUUUUCAAGAUUUUCUCAUUUGCCCUUAUCUUUUUUGCAGAAGUAAUUCGAAAGAAAAAUUUCUUUUCUGCUCGGGCUUCCAGUUAUUUUUUAAAGUUUGACUGAAGUUAUGAAAUGGAUUUCAAAGACUAUUCGCGACUGGCUUUACAGACUGGAACCUUUACUUUUUCAGACUCAAUUUUUUAUCCUGUAAAGGUUUUUUUCUGGGACCUUGGCAACGGGACCCGGACGUUUCUAUGAUAUUCUAGAGACCACUUUAGUAGCGUCAGCUCUCCCUAGACUUACUCGAAAAAGUCCGAAGCACGUUCGGAUUUUAUUACCAAGGUCCGAGUAAUAUCUCAUGUAUAUAUCUUUUUUUAUGAUUUCGUUUUCAAAGUAGGUAGAAGUUUGGAUUAGAAUAAAAAGCCAUAUUCGAUUUCUGAACGUCAUCAUUAUCUCUACGCCUUUGGGGCUCAUUCUCGAAUCUAGAAAAGAAAAUAUUUAUUAUUUUUGCAGGCAUGGGAUCCGACAUCCUGAGUAUGGACUCGUCGCACGGCUCCUCGAACAGCUUCCACAUUGAUGGGAUGGGUUACCAUUCCUACCAUAGGGGCUCGAAUUCCCGUCAUCGUCAAGUCGUUCUGCCGCCCCCGCCUAGGCCUAGGCAAGAACUUCUAGUUCAAUUUUACAGCUCUCCGACCGGAAAACUUGAAAAAUGUUCUUUCAGAAGCUACGGCGAGCCUCCAAACCCCAACCAGCACCCGCAAAACGAAGAUCCCAACUCUUUCGGAUCGUUCCAAACUCAGCGAUCUACCUCAUCUGGCCGUAUCAAUUCUAUUUUGAAAGAUCAGCGAAUCGUUGGAAGCAUUUUGUUUGUUGAUAUCGUAUUGAUUUUUUGUCAUUUUUUAUCUUUUGUAGGUCUGAACGCGUCGUUCCCAGCAGAGUUUCCGAAUAUGGCAAUGGAAAUUUGCCGCCGUAUAUCAAUAUUUCGACGCAGGAAGUCGCUGGUCAGUGGCCGGGAAAUAGGAAAAGCACGCGGAUUUUUUUAGAAAAUGUUUUAAAGAGUAAAAUCUGUAAAAUAGAAAUAUUGGUUCCAAGUUCAUUUUUCUUGUUUUUCGUAGGCGAUUUUAUUAAAUCAUUGAUUGUUUCAAAUGAUGAGGUCGUUUUAAAAGCGUUUAUAUUGAUUACUUUAGUAAUAAGGCCAUUUUGAUGGCGGCUAUAUUGAUUAGUUCAUCAAUAAAGUCUUUCCAAAGUCGAAUAUUCAUAGUUUUUUUUUUCAACAUUUUUCAUUAGACUUUCGCUAAAUUGCCUAGAAUAAAUAAGGUACUGUUAGGUUCAACAUAGCUUUAGAUUUUUUUAGAAGCCUGACUGAAUUCUUGUACUUGCUGCUCAUAGGAAAUUUCUUUAAAAGAGCUGGAAAUUGAUUUUUCAGAAAUGAAUGAACGGAGGAACUCUGCGGCGACGGCGAACGCUGCAGCCGUCGUCGCCUCGGCUGUCAGUUCGAUGGCGUCGGGCCAAGCGACUCCAAACACUACCGUUCAGCCUUUUUGGUAUUUUUUUUUCGACUGGAAAAAUAAUCUGCUUUUUCGAGAAAAUAAUUUUUUUCAUUUGGGAAAAAAACUGUCGAAACUAGCAAAGGAGGAGGUUAGAAAAUCAUUUUUAAGGCUUUUUCUUUAAAAUAAUUUUUUCACAACAUGAACUGUACUAAUAACACAGCGCCAUUUACAUAUCGGGCUUGUAAAAACUGUGAGUCACAGAAAAAGGCGAAAUUGCGUAUAUUUGUUUUGUUCUUUUUUUUUUAAUUUGACAAAGUUCAAACGACCUCAAAAAGAAGAGUUCUAGGCGCCUUUUUGAGUUCCUAAAAAGGUGUCGAAAGUUCUUCGGAGUGUCUUUUUUUUCCGCCUCUUCCUUUUAUGCUCCUUAAAAGGUCCUUUUAAAAAAGCUCAAGAGAAAAGUGAGGCCUUUUUUUCUAAAAGUAUUUUUUAGACCUCUUUGAUAGCAACUAGUACUUCAGAACUUAUACCUGAAUUUUAAAUCGAGCUUGUUGAAAGGUUCUAUAGGCUUGUGUGUUCGCUCUUUAAUUUUUACUUCAAAACUUCUAAGUUUCUCGAAAAAAUCUGUGGAUUUUCGUCAUUACAGCUCAUAUGGUACCUUUCAACAAGCUCGAUUUAAUAUUCAGGUAAAAUUUCUGAAAUCCUAGUUGCUUUUCCGCCAAACUUUAAAAUGUUGGAACUAGGAUUGAAUAUUUAUUUAGAAACAGUUUUCCGUUGGGUAAUAAGUUCGAUUUUCUACCAGCUUUGAUGGGACGAAUCCUCAUUAAUUUUUAACUUGCGAAUGAGAUAUGGGACGAAGAACCCAACGCUAAUUUCUCAAUCAAUCCAUCAACCUCAUAAUACUCCAGGGGAGGCCAGCGAAGAAGUCUGGCGGCGCCACUGACGCCUCCACGUCCCCACGUAACGAUGGGAACUCUCUCGCGUCAACUCCAACGCUUCACCAUCUACACGACGAGUCCCAGCGUUUCAGACGCGACUGACGGCGUCGUCGACAGGGUCACUGAAGGCGCCGUUCAGCGACGCUACGUCAAUAUGGAAGUCGUCUCGGCUUCGGUUCGUUUGAGAGCUUUUGUCGAAAACAUAAUCUUCGUCAUCUAUGCUUCAUUCUACCCAGUCUAUUUGAUUCAAACAUAGGUAAACGGGCUUGAUUUUUUAAAAUUUCUCUUUCUUGAGGACCUGAGCAACUUACUUUCAUUUUUUGACAAAACUUUUUUUUUCUUACCGUGUUUCUUGAAAUUUUCAUAGGUUGCCUCUUUCCCAGACCCUUCAGUUCUAUGAUUAGUCUAGUAAACCCUUAUCUCUUUCUUUUUUUUUUUCGGAUGAGCUUGAGUUCUAUCCAGGAACCCGCAACGCUUCAUUCUUCGGAAGCUACUGUUCUUACUUUUUAAGUCGAAAAGAAUGAUUAUAUCUUUCUCAAUCUUUUUCCGACGCUGUCGACCCGGCUUUUGCCCAACUGGAACAUUUCUUGUGAAGCGUCCUCUUUUUUAAAACAACCUGUUCAUGUUCAAGGCGACCAGUCAUAUUACGGUAGUUUAGAUAGGUUUUUCGAUCAUGAAAUGAAACCUUGUGUAUUUUUGUGAGGUGAUUUAUCUUAUAACCUCGAGAAAUUGGUCUUUGAAAAAUUAAAAAAAAAGAAAAAAAAAUAAAUAAUGUUCUAACUCCGAAACUGACCGCGCAAUAUUGACCGGCCGCCGUAGCACAGUCCUAAACAGACGUGUUUUUGAAAUUGAUUUUUCUCUUCAGAAAGACCCAUCGCCGACGAUGUCGCACCGACAGUUCAGCUGCCCCGACGGACCAAUCUCGUCGGUUCGAACGACGCCGCCGACUUCUGCCGUCGGCUGCGGAGAACUCGUCCGCUCCUCCACUGGAUCGCCCCUUCCCUGGCUCAACUACGCUCACUUUGUUCCAGUUGCUGACAGUGCCGAGUCCAGAGCUCCCAGCAGGUUAGUUGGGAUUUCCUUUGGUAGUAAAGAAAAACUUCAAAAGUGAACUGCAAAAGGCUUCAUUUGUAAUUUUCGGCUUUUUCUCCAUGGUGCUGCAAUAAAUAAGAGUGAUAGGUUGUAAAACGCCUCGAAACUUUUUUUUUGGUGUAGUCAUAGCAUUUACUGGGAUUGAAAAUAUUCUGCUGAUUUUCGGAUUUUUGCUUACUAUUUAUGACUAAAAAAGGAAAAUUUUAUUGAAAAUUGACCCAAUCGAAACCCCAUUCGGAUAUUUAGCACUGGUCCGACAAGCAUUGAACAAAAUUUGAAAAAAAAAACACGUCUUCUCGCUUUAUGAUUCUCCACAUAAGGAACAAUGAGCAUCAUAAAGAAAUAAUAGGAAAAGGAGUAGAAAAAAUUAUACUGAUAUAUUGAAGCUUUUGAAAAUCUCGUAUGUCACCCUCGGUUAGCGCUUUAUUUUUUUUCCCCCUUUUUUUUAAACUGCCUGAAUUUUCCUUAAAGGUUUAGCUUAGAUUCCCAAUAUUCAUUAUAUCUAAAUUGUUUUUCACCUACCAGAGUAUUUUGAGAGAACCAAGCUGUCAUUCUUUAUCUUUUCUCCUUUUUUUCGCGGUUUCUUCCUUACACUCAACAAGAGUUUAAUUGAACACCUGAGCUUCCAAUUUAUCCCAUCAAUAGUGCCGAGUUGGACGGGCUCUGCGAUUGCAUUACACAAGAAUGAUGGUGGUUUACACUUCUUUUUCUCUGCAAACAAUGAUGAAUCGGCUUUGAUUUUGUCGAUUUCUUUUUUUUUGUUUGGUGUUUGAGAAGGGAUCUAUAAAUGAUCGUUAAAUGUAGCUUGGAGAGCCUGGAGAUACUGGACGCGUCGCGGUUGCGUUGCGGUUUUUUCGCGCAAAACAAACGGACAAUUUUUUGGCUCAAAGGGACUUCAUAUUCGACUGAAAGCUCCCCUCUUUGCAGCUGUUCUUUUUCUCUGGAUCUCUUUUUUUUCCCUCGCAUUUUUGGUCAGUGACCAAACAAGAAGCGGCAAAAAAGAGAGUUCAAAAUUGUUUGCCCGAAAGUAACUUUAAACGCCCUUCUGAUGAUUUUCAAUUCAAUUUCGGGCGUUUCGCAUCAAAAGCGCUUUAAAAGAGCCCUUAAGAACGGAGCCAUUCCAAGUGCGACCAUGGGUUUCAAAGUUUAUUGUAAUGUUUGUCCCCUUUAUAUCUCGUUACGAAACAUUUCUCAAGUUUUAUUGAUUUUUUUGAAUUCCGCUUCUCCACUUUCUCAUAAUAUUUUAUGAUUUGGAAAAGAACUGAUAACGCAGUUAUCAAACUGUUUUGAACCAAACUUUGAAUCCCUUUUUUCAAGGAUUUUUUUUUUUAAUUUCAAUUUUUUCCUUAUUAUAACUAAUUUUUCAGAAGCUUAUCUUACAGGUGCUCUUCAAUCGGCCGCAGCUCCGACACAAACGUCAACUACACCCAACUGGACGUCGACCGGACUCGCGCCCUUCAAAAACACGCUGAGAAGGCCGAACAACUCUUAAUUUAUUUCCCGAAACGACUGUUUUAA